AUGACCGAGCACAUUGCGCAAAGACUCUGUAUCAAAUUUUGCCAAAAACUUGAUGAUAUGCAAGCCCAGACUAUCGAGAAGAUUCAGAAGGCCUUUGGAGAUGAUGCUACAGGGGAAACGAAAAUAAAGGAGUGGUACGACCAGUUCAAAGAUGGCCGCAUCUCAGUAGAUAGUGAGCCACGUUAUGGCAGAUCAUCGACUAGCAAAAACGACCAAAUGAUUACUAAGGUUCGAAGAAUAGUAUAUGAAGACCGUCGUGUGACUAUUGAGGGGAUUGUUGCUGGAGCUGGAAUCAGUUAUGGGUCAAUUCAGUCAGUUCAUUCUGCCCACGUCGACAAAAUAUUCCCCGUCAAGCAAAACGCACCACUUGUUCGUCAGGCUUCCCACUCCCUAGACAUGGGUCCGGGUGUCUUUUCCCAAAGCUGA